CUGAGAUCUGAUUGGUUGAGGAGGCGGGACUUCCGACUUCGCAGGCUGGACCUAAAGUGACAGACUUCACCUCCUUAAAACUGGAAGAAAACCCGAAGGACGACGCAUUACAAGUUAUAAAACAAUUGUAAUGAUUUUCAGACAUGGACGACAUAAACCUUCACUAUCGCUUUCUGAACUGGAGGAGGCGAAUACGAGAGAUCCGUGAGGUGAGAGCGGUGCGUUACCAGGAGCGUCUCAAGAGGAUGCUGAGAGACGGAGAGAAACUCAGGUAUCAUGGGAAUUCAGAUGAAGUUGGCUGUUUUGUGGCAGCCCGGCCGCUGUCGAAAAGAAACCGCUAUUUUGAAGUAACCAUUGUCGAUACAGGAGUGAGGGGAAUGAUUGCUGUUGGUUUGGUGCCUCAAUUCUACAAACUGGACCAUCAGCCCGGCUGGCUCCCUCAUUCUGUGGCUUUUCAUGCUGAUGAUGGCAAGCUGUACAAUGGCAACACAGUAGGACAGCAGUUUGGUCCAAAAUGCUGCAGGGGUGACAGAAUUGGUUGUGGAAUAUCCCUCGACUCUGAUGACGGACAGUUGACAGUGUUUUUUACCAAAAAUGGUAUUGAAGUCGGCAGUGUAGACAUCGCAGCAUCCCCUGAUGGUCUCUACCCUGCAGUCGGAAUGCACUCCUUAGGGGAAGAAGUGUUACUGGACCUGAACGCUGAGUGGGGGAUGGAGGAUGAUGAUGGGCAGAUGAUAGUGGACAGUCAUGAAGAGGACUGGGGCCGACUCCAUGACGUCAAGGCGACUGGCACACUGCUGGAGUACGUAGGGAAAGGGAUAAGAAUCGUGGACGUGGGUUUGGCUCAGGCCCGUCGUCCUCUCAACACACGCUUCCACUACUACGAACUUGAGAUCACAGAUGCUGGAGAGAAGUGUUACAUUGCCCUGGGGCUGGCACGCAGGGACUACCCAAAAAAGAGACAUCCAGGUUGGAGCAAAGGGUCUAUAGCUUAUCAUGCAGAUGACGGGAAGUUGUUCCAUGGCAGUGGUGUUGGGGACCCGUUCGGGCCUCGCUGCUUUGAAGGGGACAUUAUGGGCUGUGGGAUCAUGUUUCCACGUGACUUCAACCUCGAUGGUGGAGAUGACGCAGAUGACUGGGACCUUGAUGUGUUUUCUAAGCCCAGCAAGGUUCGGAAUGAUUUGUAUGCAAACAAUGAAGAUGAGGAGGAGGAUGAUGAUGAGGGAGAGGAUUUAGAGGGGCAGAAGGUCAUGGUGUUCUUCACCCGAAAUGGAAAGGUGGUGGGCCGGAGGGAGGUGGCCUUACCAGUGGGAGGCUUCUAUCCCACCAUCGGCAUGAUGAGCACUGGGGAAAAGGUCAGAGUGGACCUGCAUCCCCUCAGCGGUUGAGAAUGCUGGAGAGAAUCAAAGCUGAGCAGUGAAAUGAGAAGGACAAAUAAUUGAGCUGUGGUACAUUUUUUGGGGCUGGACAAUAAAUAAUACCUCCAUGUCAAAAAGCUCCAAAGUGUCCCAUAAAAGGUCACUCCAGGGUAGGAGUUGAAUAUGUUUUCCCUCAUGCUGUAAGAAUGACAUGAAUGCUGGCGCAAAAAAAGAAUCAUCUAAAGGAUGUAAGUCAGGAUUACAUUUGUGCCUUACAAACUGCUUUAUAAGGAAAUCAUUUUAUACUGUAAGAAUCUGUUAAACCAUAAACCAAUCAGGGGGGUUUGUAAGGGUGUAUUGUUAUUUUUUAAUCCAUCUGUGUAAAGAGAUAAAAUACCAAAAAGGGCCAUACCAAAAUAAUGAAAGUAAAAUCCCAGAUAGAAGAGGCUGUUUACUGUAGUACUAAUAAUGUACACCACACCGCUCUCACAGCCUACAGCUGUUCUGUGCUCAUUACCGGAGCCCUGCUGUAGUUCUUCCUCUCGGGUGGUGGUGUGUUAGUGACACUCAGUGGUGAGAGUGGUAGUCUGGUAGAAGAAGGAAAAAAAAAAAACAUCCAAAGAACAAGCAGUGCACUGAAUAAAUUUACUCUGUGAAGUCCUUAUUGUACUAGUAUAUUUUAAUUUGUGUUUAACAAGACUGCAAUGCCCAUUAUACAAAUUAUUGCACAAAUAUAUAAUAUAAUGUACAAUAUAAACUGGAUUACAUUUGAAAAACACAAAAUCUGAAGGCCCCAACAAAUAAAUUGAGAUGUUACACUGAAAAGACCAGUAGAAAUUAUAUGAAUUAUUGAUUGUGGAAAAAGUGAUGAAAGAAAAUAAUAAAGAUAAUGUAAAAAUCCAGAGACCACACAGAAUGCACAUUUUUUAAUAUAAAAUGUUAGGGUGAAGACGUUCUGACUGAUGCCAAAUAAAAUAUAAAGAUUACUUUACAUAAUCUCAUUGUAAAUUACUCCUGCAGUGCCACUUUUCUUCUUUUUUUUUUUUUUUUACCAAACCAGGUAGUAGUCCCCUGCAGGAUGAUUUUCUGACUCGUCUGUAUGUACAUUUACUGUUUUCCAGUUACUUGUAAUUAUGUUCAAAUAAAUUAAGAUCACAGCAAUA